AUGGAUGUGGGUCAGGUGGUUGGAGACAGGGGAACACCCUUGUCCCUGCAGCCCAAUGACGGGGCAGGCAGGUUGGGGGUGUGGGAGCUGCAGAGCAAGAGCAAAGUGUGUGCCAAUGUCUUCUGUGGGGCAGGCCGGGAGUGUGCGGUCAAUGAGAAGGGAGAGCCCAGCUGCCUGUGCAUAGAGAGCUGUAAGCCCCACAAGAGGUCAGUAUGUGGCAGCAACGGUAAGACCUACAGGAACCACUGCGAACUGCACAGGGAUGCCUGUCUGAGCGGACUGAAGAUCCAAGUGGCCCACGACGGACACUGCCGCGAGAAAAAGAGUGAACAGGCAGCUGCCAGCCCAGUGGUGUGUUACGCUGCAGACCGCAACGAGCUGAGGAACCGUGUGAUCCAGUGGCUGCAGACUGAGGUAGUCCCAGAUGGCUGGUUUGUCAAGGGCUCCAACUUCUCUGACAUCCUGGUCAAGUACUUCAAGUCGUACGACAGCGGCGAUUCCACGCUGGACUCCUCUGAGCUGCUCAAGUUCAUCCAACACAAUGAGUCAGUGGCGACUGAGAUGCAGUCCUAUGCCGACCAGGAUAGCAACGAGCUGCUUCGGAGUCUCUGCGUCGAUGCCCUCAUUGAGCUGUCCGAUGAGAAUGCCGACUGGAAGUUGAGCUUUGAUGAGUUUCUCAACUGCCUGAAGCCCGGAUUCAACCCGCCUGAGAAGAAAUGUGCCUUGGAGGAUGAGACUUUCGAGGACGGCGCAGAGACACAGGUGGAGUGUAACCGCUGCGUGUGUGCAUGCGGCAACUGGGUAUGCACUGCUAUGACCUGCACAGACAAGACAGCUGCUGUGGACGAGUCAACAGAUGAUGGUGCGGAGAUGACAGAGGAGGAGUGGAACCUCCGCGUGGCCGAGCUGAACAAACACCAGGAAACAGUGGAGAAAAUGAAAGCUAGCACAAAGGAGGCGUAA